CAUAAACCUCUGGAAUAGACGAAAAACAGGGGUUGCUUGAAUAGCAUUCCUAACGGAAGAAGCUAGAAAAGACCAAGUCCGGAGUGCAUAGGAAAGUGAAGAUUCCCAGAUUUGGUGGCUGAAAAUGGGGACUGGUUGGAGAAGAGCUCUCUGUUCAACGCUCCCUAAAGACCCAGAGUCCACGACGUCGUCCUCCGAUGAGCAACCCAAUAGCCCCACAACGGUGGCAAAGUGCACAAAGCUGAGAUUUUUCUCCAACCCGUCCCCGCCUCGCUUGAACAAGACUCAGGCUCCGCAAGCUGUUUCGACGCCAACAUUGCGCUGCAGGAACGUAGCAGAAGCUGCUCAUGAGGCAAACGAUACGGUGGAGGAGAGUCCCAAGCUCCAAUGCAAGACCAAACCCGCCAUUCUUAAAUCAACGAAGAGCGCAAGAGCGUUUCUGGGUUCCUAUUCCGCUCCAUCCUCUCCGCGCUCUCCUCUCAAGCUCUCUCUUUUCAAAAACAGCUUCAAGCUCAGAAGGGGUUGCAGCAUUUGCUCGAACAGCUUGAAGGCGGGUCAAGGCACGGCCAUCUACACGGCCGAGUGCGGCCAUGGAUUCCACUUCGCAUGCGUAGCCUCGCUCGUGCGGGGCACACGCAGCGGCUCUCUCGCUUGCCCGGUCUGUAACGCGGCUUGGAAAGACAUCCCGUCACUCGCUGUCCACAAGAGCACCGACAAAGAGGACAACUUCGUCGUAGAAGACAAGAAGGUGAUGAUCCAGUCGUCCUCACCGAGGACGCCCAACCUAGCCCUUUCGAGAAGCCGAUACGACGAUGACGAGCCAUUGUCAUCUCCAAGAUUCGUUCCCAUACCAGAAUCAGAAGAAGCGGAAGAAGUCGAAGAGUUUCAGGGUUUCUUCGCAAACUCCAAGGCGACCCAAGUCGAGGUCACGCUUUUGCCAGAAUCCGCCGUCAUAUCGGCGUCCAAGUCGCACGAGACGCGCGUGGCAGCUCUGCGGGUGAAAGCCCCGCCGGCCCCGAAGCCGCGGGGACCAGCGUGCAGCCGCGCGCCGGUGGACUUGGUCGCCGUGCUCGACGUGAGCGGGAGCAUGAGCGGGGCCAAGCUGCAGAUGCUGAAGCGGGCCGUGCUGCUGGUCAUCUCGUCGCUCGGCUCGGCCGACCGGCUCUCCAUCGUGGCCUUCUCCGCUAGCUCCAAGAGGCUCUUGCCUCUGAGGAGGAUGACGGCUCGGGGCCAGUGCGCGGCUCGGGAGGUCGUCGAUCGGCUCGCGUGCGGUCAGGGGACGAGCGUGGGCGACGCGCUGAGGAAAGCCACGAAGGUGCUCGAGGACAGGAGGGAGAGAAACCCCGUCGCGAGCAUAAUCCUCCUAUCGGACGGUCAGGACGAGAGGGCACGUCACCAUAGCGACGCGAAUCAAAGGCAGUCGAGGAGCCACGAGUCGUCCACGCGUUUCGCACACGUGGAAAUCCCAGUGAACGCGACCGGUCUCGGAGAAGAGCGUGCCAGCGGCGGCUACUGCCGCCGCGAGCCGGCCGACGAUGCUUUCGCCAAGUGCGUCGGCGGGUUGCUGAGCGUUGUGGUGCGGGAUCUGAGAAUCCAGCUCGGCUUCGCGGCUGGCUCAGCUCCAGCCGAGAUCGUGGCUGUUUACUCGUCGAACGGACAGCCGAGAUUCGUUGGCUCGGGGUUGGUUCGGCUGGGCGACUUGUAUGCCGAGGAAGAGAGGGAGCUCCUCGUUGAGCUGAGGGUCCCUGCAUCGACAACCGCGGCCCGUCAUGUCUUGACCGCGCAAUGCUCUUACAAGGACCCGUCGACGAAGGCGGACGUGUACGGCGGAGAUCGGGCGCUCAUGGUGCCAAAGAUGGAAGCCCUCGUAUCAGAAGACGCGAGGAUCGGACGGCUGAGGAACCUCUUCGUGGUUACUCGGGCCUUAGCCGAGUCUCGGAGAUUAAUCAAGCGCGAGGAGUAUAGCACCGCGCAUCAGUUGCUGGCUUCAGCUCGAGCCCUGAUAGCGCGAAGCGGUGCGUCAUCGGCUGAUGAGCACGUGAGGGCGCUGGAUGCUGAGCUGGCGGAGGUACGUUGGAGGAGGCAGGAUCGGGCGGAGCGGCAGAGGACGGUCCAACGGCGGAGAGGGCCUGAUCGGAGGGGGGAGGUGGUGAUGAUGGGGUUGGUGGAUGAGAACGGGGAGCCGCUGACGCCGACAUCGGCUUGGAGAGCGGCUGAGGAGCUGGCCAAGUUGGCUGACAUGAGGAAGUCGUUGAGGAGGGUCAGCGACUUGCAUGGCUUUGAGAAUGCUAGAUUUUAGGCAGUAGAUGAUUUUUUUUUCCCUUUUUCUUUUGGUUUCUUUUUCUUAGAUAUUUUGAAAAAAAAAAAAGGCAUUAGAAAAUAGGUGAAAAAAAGGUAAAACAAGACGAGAAAAGGGCUGAAGAUUUGAUUUGGGUUUGAUUGAGUGGGCUUGGGUUUUGGGCUUUAGCCUUUGGGCUUGUUCUCUGGAGGGAAAGAGAGGGACUUGGUCUUGUGGUGAGUUUUGGAGAAACAGUUUCAUCCCUUUUCUCCUCCCCCAUUCAAAUGACUGCAAGCAGGAAAGACACAAUCUGAAGUCUGAAGAUCAAGAAAUC